AUGUCUGCACACCUCGAACGCGAAUCAUUUGAAGUACUUUCAUGGUGCAGUGACUAUGAAGAAGCUGAGUCUUAUUACACACAAUCUUCCGCCUCGACAGAAGCCACCGACGAGCUCUCAGAGACAAGUGAGGACCGUGCAUUUGUGGUUUCUGAUGGAGAGCCAUCCAGGAGCGCAAGCAGUACAUCGAGCUUCCCUGGGACCAACCAGCUUCCUAGUGUUGAACAGGAUGGGUCAUGUGUCAAUGAGGUCGGUCGUCGAUGGCCUGUCGGCACCAUAGCAAAGCGGCUGGUGAAUGAGGACGGGCAUCUUGUCGAGCAGUACCUGGUUCUCUGGUGCUCUUGGGAAAAGCGCAUGCCUGCAGUUAUUUGA